CUGGUAAGCUAGCUGCAGCCCGCGCUUUCCCCACCGCCACUUUCUCCGGCUCCCACCCGCGGCAAACUUUUCCGCCAUAAAAAGUGCCUCGGCGCACGGCGCGGCAGCUCCUAGCUCCACACUCUCCUGCUGCCAGUGCCAGCCAGUGCAACACGAGCAGAGGAUGAGCUCGUGGUUCUACAAGUUGCGGCACAAGAGGGGCGGCGCCGCGAUCGCGGGUGGCGAGCCCGACGACGUCGCCAAGCCGGUGGCGCCGGCGCCGAGCCCCUGCUCCCCGAACAGGGCGUCCUACUACGUCCCGAGCAGGGAGCGCGUCCUCCCGCCGCCGCGCCCGGCUAGGGAGGACAACCCCAGGCUCCGGGACACCCACUUCCCGCGCAGCCCGCAGCCGAGCGACAUCGUCUUCGACGUCGUUGCCCGCCGCGACGACCACCGCUUCAAGCCCAUGCCGGAGCUCAAGCUGCGGCCCAUCCUCACCAGGCACGGCGCGGCCUCGGCGGACAGCACCAGCGCGGCCGCGUCGCCCACGGCCAGGGUGCGCCCGCGGUUCCACGUGAGGCCGCCGCCGAGCCACAGGCGGAAGGCGGCCGCGCUGCCGACCGCGGAGGUGGAGGAGAAGGAGGAGGCCUGCGCGCGGCGGAGUCGGCGGCGGCGGCGGAGCGCCUCCAGGCUCCGGCCGUGGAUGUACGAGAGCCUGGUGGUGGUGAAGGAUUCGGCGGACCCCGAGGAGGACUUCCUGGAGAGCAUGGCGGAGAUGAUCGCCGCGAACGGCGUUCGGUCGCCGCGGGGCCUGGAGGAGCUGCUCGCGUGCUACCUCGCGCUCAACGCGCCCGACCACCACUGCGCCAUCGUCGCCGCGUUCCGGCGCGCGUGGGUGCACCUGCACUCCGUGCCGCCGCCGCCGGCGAGGGGACGCUGCAUGCACGAAUCGCGAUUGAUCUAGCUAGCUACUUUACUUCGCCGAUCGCUGCACGCAAAAGCAAAGAUUGCGACGUGCCUGUUGCUGUGUAUAGUGUGGUAUGAUCCGGGGCGCGCGCCCUCGCUCGCGCGUUCAUGUGAAAACAUUGUGGUGUGCUACGGGGGCUAUGAUCAGGGUUCUUGCACAGAUCACAAGACCGGUUGACUCGUUUUUUUCCUGCGUGGGAACCUCAUUCUUGUUCGGUUUUUUAUGUUGUUGCUGCAAAGCUGAUGAAGGAUCCAUCGAUCGUUGCCGCCUUUACAGAUCAGGGCAGAACAAGUUGCGUCAGAAAAAUGGAUUGGCUCGUCUUUUCCUUUUCCUUUUUGAACAGCAGCUA